AAAUAUGGCCCAUAUCCAAGGAUGUCUUCGUUUGGCGAUUUCUCGACAAAAUAUCAGAAGGACGAACGUUUCAAGGCUAUCGACAAAGCUCGUGACCGUGAAAGCAUGUUCCAGGACUUUCUCUCUGAGCUUCGGAAACGCGAAAAGGACGAGAAACACCGCGAGAAGGAGAAGACAAGAACUGAUUUUAUGAACCUUCUGAAGGAGCAAAAGUCCCUAACGAAGCAUUCUCACUGGAGUGAUGUCAAACGCAAAAUACACUCCGAUCCCCGAUACAAGGCUGUUGAUUCAUCAUCACGCCGAGAAGAUUGGUUUAGGGAGUAUGUAAAGAAACUAGAUGAAACUCCCUCGAGAGAGGAUAGUGGAGCCCGGAAGGAGAGAGAAAAACGAGAACGCCAGGAGGCCUCUCUUCGAGAACGGGAGAAGGAAGUCAAAGAAGCCCUGUCAUCCUCUAUGCGUGAGCGUGAAAAAGAACGGGAUCAACAGUUACAUAACGAGCAAGAAACCAAUUUCCGGACUAUGCUUCUUGACUUAGUGCGUGAUCCAAACAUGACUUGGAAGGAGGCAAAGAAGGCUCUCCGAAAAGACAGUCGGUGGGAAUUUGUUGGUGACGUAUUACCACGUUCUGAAAGGGAUGAAAUUUUCAAAGAACAUAUGGCUUCAUUGGCGAAAAAGAUGCGUGAUUUUCCUCAGAAGUCGUCUUCGGAUAGUGGUGUAGGUUACAUGUCUUUUCUGUUUUUAUCACAUUCACUUUUUAUUAUAACGAGUAUGCUCAGCCGUAGUAAGUCGAAUGCUACCUCAUAA